AUGCCCACCGUCAUCGUGAGGCAGUGGAAGCCAUGGUGCGGCAAAGACGGCAUCUACAUGUACUUCGAAGAUAAUGCUGGAGUAAUCGCCGAUCAUGCCCGCCAUCAUCAUGGCAUCUACGUGUACUUCGAAGAUAAUGCUGGAGUAAUCACCGAUCAUGCCUGUCGUCAUCAUGGCGUCUACGUGUACUUCGAAAAUAAUGCUGGAUUGGCUUGUCUGGUCUUCCCUUCUGGUUUUGGGUGGUUCAUCCACAUUCUAGUGUCUAUAAAAUGGGCAAGUCUAGCAAGAAGUCCAACGUUGAGGUUGCUGCAGUUCCUGUGUCGGUUCCCCCUGCAAAAUCUGCUUAAAAAAGGUAAGAGGGAUGCCGAGGAAGCAAUAGAGAAACCAGUGAGCGCAAAGAAGCAGAGGAGUGAAGUUGAGGAGGCGGUUCGAAGGCAGGAGGACAAUAAGAAGUCAAAGAAAGCCUUACGGGAGCCUCCGCAAAAGAAGAAAGCUGAAAGCAGCAGUUCUGAGGAUCAGACUUCAUCAGAAUCUGAAGAAGAGGUUAAAGUUCCACCGAAGAAGAUCAUUAAACCUGUGAAAGCACCUGCAAAGGAUUCUAGUAGCAGCAGCAGUGAAGAAUCAUCUUCUGAUGAUGAACCUACUAAGGUGACUGCCCCAUCAAAGAAGCUGCCACCAACUGGAGCUAAGAAUGGCACACCUGCAAUAUCUAAGAAGGAGGAAUUAAGUGAAAGUUCAGAUUCAGAUAGUAGUUCAGAUGAGGACAUUAAACCCGCUGCUUCAAUAAAGAAACCUCCUGUAGCUGUGCCCAAGAAGAAACCCGAAUCAAGUGAUAGCUCUUCCGAGAGUGAUUCUGAUGAGGAAGAGGAGGCGGUCACAGCCAAAGCUGGAGGACCUGCAAACAAACCACCUGCAUCAUCAAAGAAUGGAACUCUUGGUGCCUCAAAGACCGAAGAAUCAUCCAGUGACACAUCAGAGAGUGAUUCUGAUGAUGAAGAGGCAAAUGUCGCUAAGGUUGCUUUACCUACCAAGGGCAUUCCAGCAGCAUCAAUAAAGAAAGAAGAAUCAAAUGAUAGUUCAGAAAGUGAUUUUGACUUGGACUCUGAUGAGGAUGAUGAAACACCAGCAAAGGUUCCUCCCAAGAAGCAGCCUGUCACUGUGAAGAAAGAUGUUCAGCCUAAACCACAGCAUAAGGCCAAAGUAGAUCAAAGUUCUGAAGAGAGUUCUGAUGAGAGUGAUGAAGAACCACAAAGAAAGAAGCUGAAAGUUCCGGAUACUGUUCCUGGAAGUGUCAACAAGCCAACUGCAAAGCCUGUUAAGAAAGAAAGUGAUGAAGAUGAGGAUGACAGCUCUGAUGAAAGUUCAGAUGAGGAACCUUUGAAACCACAACAAAGUAAAAAGCCAACGAAAGCAUCUGCGGAAAGCAGCAGCUCUGAGGAGGAUUCUUCUGAUGAGGAGAGCGAAGAUGAACAGCCGAUGGAGACUCUGCAGAAGAAGCCAACCAAAGCAUCUGCGGAAAGCAGCAGCUCUGAGGAGGAGGAUUCUUCUGAUGAGGAGAGUGAAGAUGAACAACCUAUGAAGACUCCACAGAAGAAGGACUCAGAUGUGAAAAUGAAAGAUGCACCAUCAGCAAAUGCAGCACCAAAACAGUCUGCUACAAAAUUUGACAAGAAGCCUAAGACUCCUAGCAGUCAGGGGACUGGAUCAAAAACAAUAUUUGUUGGAAAUUUGUCCUAUGAUGCUGGACAAGAUGAUGUGGCUGAAUUCUUUAAAGAGGCAGGGGAGGUUGCUCAAGUUCGGCUGGCAGUCACUGAUGAUGGACGCUUUAAAGGGUUUGGUCAUGUUGAAUUCACCACUGAAGAUGCAGCUCAGAAGGCACUUGAAUUGAAUGGUAUGGAACUGUUGGGACGUGCAGUGAGACUUGACGUGGCCCAUGAAAGGGGCGUAUAUACUCCUUAUAGCGGGAAGGAAGGUAAUUCUUACCAAAAGGGUGGGAAAGGUCUGAGCUACACUAUAUUUGUAAAGGGUUUUGAUAAAUCAGUUGAAGAGGAUCAGAUCCGGAGCUCCCUUGAAGAGCAUUUUGGGUCAUGUGGAGAGAUUACUCGGCUUUCCUUGCCAAAGGAUUAUGAAACUGGUGCUUUUAAGGGGAUGGCAUACAUGGAUUUCAGAGAACAAGAUGCCUUUUCCAAGGCCUUGGAACUCGAUGGUUCUGAACUUGGGGGCUACUCAUUAACAGUAAAUGAAGCUAAGCCAAGAGGUGACAGCCGUGAUGGUGGCUGGAGUGGUGGCAAGGAUAGCGCAGGCAGGGGUGGUGGCAGAUUUGGAGGCCAACGUGGUGGACGUGGUGGUAGAGGUGGCGGCAGGGGACGAGGUGGAGGUGGUAGGGGACGAGGGGGAACCCCUAACAAGCAAAGCAUCGUUACAGCCAGUACCGGCAAGAAGACGACCUUCAGCGAUGACUAGAUGGGGCGCUUCCUCUUGAAUUUUGCUGCUAGUGCAGAUCCCAAGUUUGUCAUUGCCCAUCCAGUGAAAUAUAGCCGUACCUUGGUAUCGUCUUUCAGUCUCAAGGUAUAUUAUUAGUUGAAUUGGUUUUGUUAACUCACCAGCAACUUUUGACCUUGUGGUUGUCUACUUUUUGUGACCUUGAAACUUUGAAAUCAACUGAGGGAAGUAGGUAAUUUUUUGGAUUGAGUUUCCUUUCAUGGAGGACGUGCAAUUUUUAUAAUAUGCAUUUUCUAUAAAAUAUUCCAUCAUUUGGAUUGAUGUCAGGAGGUGGCAAGAACAACGGCAACGUUUAUAUGA